GUCCGGUUUUGUUACAAGAUAGCUCGAGGUAGUCUAGAUUAUUCCUCCCGUUUGCUGCCUGCCAUUGUCUCUUAACUCUCCGUGGAAACACACAAGAGAAAUCAGCUGCCCAAAUGCAGCCGACAACUCCUCGAGAUGACGGAGGUGACCAGAGGCUGCAGACCAGCGGCUCCGUCAAUGGUUCCCUAUUAAUCCGGACCUUAAGGUCGUGCAUCUGUCGACCGAAAUUCUGGAAGUACCUGAUUCUGGCCGUUAUUUUACUGUUGGUCGUUCAGCUGUCUCUCACCACGCUCUUCCACAAAAAAUAUGGCUCCAUGCUUUACUUGCUAUCGGUUCAGGGCAGGUUUCGGUGGAAAAAUGAGACUAAUAGCACCAGUCCAAAUGACACAGAAACCUCAGGAGCCUCUGUCUGCGACAAGAAAGAACUUUGCCCUACGGUACCCCCUAACUUAGUUGGCGUCCUCAAGAUAAACACUACAGUGCCAUCUAUCGAAGAGCAGGAAAGUAAUUCCUCUAAGCUGGAACCAGGAGGCAGGUACAGACCAGCCGAGUGCCGGUCGAGACACCGUGUGGCCAUCAUCAUCCCUUACAGGAACCGGGCCUAUCAUCUUCCUGUGUUUCUUUAUCAUAUGCUUCCAAUACUCCAGAGGCAGCAGCUAGAUUUUGCCAUAUAUAUCGUUGAGCAAGCAGGAAACGGAACAUUCAAUCGGGGAAAGUUGAUGAACGUUGGCGCCUUGGAAUCUCUCAAGCUCUAUUCGUACGACUGUUUCAUAUUCCACGAUAUCGAUCUAUUGCCAGAAGACGACAGAAAUCUUUAUACUUGUCCACAACAACCACGCCACAUGUCUGUAGCCGUCAGUACGCUGGGUUACAAGCUACUUUCACCUGACAUGUUUGGUGGCGUAUGCGCGAUGACAGUUCCGCAGUUCAAGGCUGUCAAUGGCUUCAGUAACAUAUUCUGGGGCUGGGGAGGUGAAGACGAUGACAUGGCCAACAGAGUAAAGUUCCACGGAUUCGUAAUUUCUCGUUAUCCUGAACCUAUCGCCCGUUAUUUGAUGCUGAAACACCAGAAAGCUGUGCCGAGCCCUGGCAGGUUCCAGCGUGUAUAUGAAGGUAAAAAUAAGCUCACGACAGAAGGUUUAAACAAUCUCAAAUACAAAGUAUUGGAUGUGAAACUUCAUCGGCAAUAUACGUGGAUUUUAGCUAACAUUGAGACUGCUUGAUCAUUAAGCUUAUCGAAAAUUCACAUAUCUUUGUGAUUGUAGUAUAUUUAUAAUAAAGUUCCUUAUGUCCUUCACAUAUUAACACCCUACUGAUUUACACAUCUAUCUAUCUAUCUAUCUAUCUAUCUAUCUAUCUAUCUAUCUAUCUAUCUAUCUAUCUAAACAGGGAUUUAUGUUAAGUGGGGAAUAUCCUUUGAAGUGACUAAUGAGAAUGUAAGGAGAGCAAUUAAGAGGCAGGAGAAUGAAAAGACACCAAAAGUUAAAGAGAUCACAAGAGGAAUGUUGAGGUACAUUGGUUAUAGGGUGACUGAUUGGUUGACCAGGUUUUGUAAGGUAUGUCGAGAUGAAAGAAAGGUUGCAGAGGAAUUGGCGAGAUAAAUAAUUAGUCCUCUUAUAAACGUAAUAGACUCGACUGUAAGCAUUGUGGGGCCAAGAUACUCCUCAAUGUACCAGGGAAGUUGUAUGGUAGGAUUCUGACUGGGAAAGUCAAGCAGAGGACAGAAGGACAGACAGUGAAAGAACAGUAUGGCUUCAGACAAGAGAAGGGGGUAUGCAGUUCAGGUUUCCUUUUUUGAAACAGUUAUGUGAGGAGUUCGAAAGUAAAGUGAAAAUGUUGUAUGUGGCAUAUAAGGAUCUAGAAAAAUCCCACGAAGGAAGUGACAUAGAAACAAUGUUAUUGAGACUGAUUCAAAAUUAAUAUCAUGGAAAUGAAGCAUAUAUUAGAGUAUGCUGGUAUGAGAGUGACUUGUUUGGUGUGAGCGUGGUUUUAAUACAAGGGUGUGUGACUUGGUUUAAGUUGCUAAUUAUCUUUAUUGAUGGAAUAAUGCAAGAGGCCAGAGAGAGGCAUCCUGGAUAUAGGUGUAAAGUUGAGUGAUAGGGAAGGACUCGUGAGUGAAGUAUGGAAUAUUGCUGUUUGCAUAUGAUGCUGUUCUGAUUGGGAAUAGUGAGUAGACACUGUAGAAGCCAGUAAAACAGUUUGAAGGUAUUUGAAGGUGUUUGCAAGAGGAAAUUGUUGAGAGUAAAUGUGACUCAGGAUAAAGCAAUUAGGAUGAAUGGAAAACUGCAUGAUGGAAGAAUGUUAAUAUGUAUGGUGGAAGAAUGGAAAUAUCCUAUUCAUAUAAGGUCUUGGUAUAAAAGAAAUGUAUCAUGAUUGGAUGAAAGAGGAGGUUUUCAUGGUAAAGAAGGCAAGAAGGGUGGUAGUACAGUGCAUAUAUAAAGACACUGAAGAGAAUGCCUGUCUACGGAAGCCAAGGUGUCAGUGCGUGAGGGGAAAGUUGAGCCAACACUCUUUUAUAAGAGGGAAGUGUGGAUGCUGAAUGUGAGUGUGAACAAAGGUUGAAACGGCUGAAACAAUAUUUACUGAGCAUGCGUUGUGUAAGAAUAAUUUUGUUAGAAAUGUGGAGAUUCGUGAAAGCGGUAAAGAGGUUGACGAAGGUCAAGGAAGAAUAAGAAUUUUCUGAAAUGGUUUGGAUCUGAAGGGAAAAGAGACAAUGAUAAGAUGGUGCUAGAAGGAAAAGGCUGCAGUGUUCUAAAAAGCACUAGAAUAAAUACAAAAUAAGGGAGAAUGAUGCAGUUUGUUUAGGAGCUCCGUCAUGCAGAUAAUGAGUUUUCUGUGUAGCUUUGAGGAGAGUUUACAGCACAAGGGGUUCAUCCACGAUUCAGCAUGUGAAGUAUGAAAGUAUCUGAUGCGCCUCAGUGGCGUGAUCGGUAUGGUGAUGGCCUGUCACCUAGGUGGCCGCGAGUUCGACCCCUGGGCAUUCCACGGAGGGGUCAGAGAUGUGUAUUCCUGGUGAUAGUUCACUCUCGACGUGGUUCGGAAGUCACGUAAAGCCGUUGGUCCCGUUGUUGAAUAACCACUGGUUCCAUGCAACGUAAAAACACCAUACAAACGAACAAACAAAUGAAUGUAUCUGACAUUAAACGACUUCUGGGCAGCAUUCUCUUUCCAUGCUUGUUACCAAGAAAACUUUUCGUCGUUCUCUCCCCUCUACAAAGCUCCCUGUGUCCAUUUAUUAAAACGGCUUUCUUGAAAAUAUCUAGAGCCCAUUUCUCCUCCUUAAACUGAUUAAAUUUGAACUGUCGACAGUGGAGCAAUGAUGGAAUUUCUUGUACCUGUCAGAGGCUUACUGUUUACCUUUUCAUGUGGAGGAAAGUAUUUCAAUUAGAUGGUUAAGUACAAAAAUAAGUUAUGCAUUAGAAAAACACUUUUAAACGCUUGACAGUUAUAGCUAUAUUUACUACAGAUACUUUGAUUGUUAAGCAUUAACAGUAAUUAAAGAGCUAUAACCUCAUAUUAUUUCUUGACCAUUGAAUAAAGUGGAAAUCACAGCAACAGUACUGAGGCAAAAUUUGAAUCGAAUGCGGAAAAGUUAAGCGGUCUAAAAAAUAGAAGUUUACCAUUAAAUAAUAAGUAACGUUUUCUUCAAUAAAAAACAUAUAACGUUUUCUAUUACAUAUUAAUGGGUAUUACAAGUUUUCAAUUGCCGAGAUAUCUUACGGCAAGUGGAUGAUAUUAAAAACCAUUGUAUUGGUCAAAUAUAGACAAAAAUGCUAUGAAUAAUUUAUAAUCCUAAGCUAAUGAGCCUUUAUAACAUCGUUGUUCAAUUAUCACCAAAUGUCUCCCGCAAAAAAAUAACGAGAGUAGAGUACUACAUCAGAAGUAAGCAGGGAAAGGCAAGUACUCAUGUAAUUGUACGGUGAUCCUGUGACUUUUCCAGAUGGUAUUAUAUCCUCUGGUCUCAUAAAACUGAAGAAAAGACACAUUUUUAACACGUCAGGCCAACAUUUCCCUCCACAUACAUGAUAUAAAAUUCAGAAUUCUAAAGCCAGCUUGUUUUUUGGUAACUCAGGUCACAACUCUUAUCUUCUAAAAGCCUCCAUUUUUCAGGCAUGUCUAUUUCCAUCCAGCCAUGAAAUUUAGAUAGAAACUGUUUGUCCAAUCUACACUUACACGCAGGAAUCUUAUGAUGAAAAUAAAU